AUGAUUGGAGAUGAACCAUACACAUUGGGAUUAUUUGAUACAGCUGGUCAAGAGGAUUAUGAUCGCCUUCGUCCACUUUCUUAUCCUCAAACAGAUGUUUUUCUUGUUUGUUUUUCUGUAACUUCGCCAGCUUCAUUUGAAAAUGUUAAAGAAAAAUGGUUUCCGGAGGUUCAUCAUCAUUGUCCAGGAGUUCCAUGUUUAAUUGUUGGUACUCAAGUAGAUUUGCGUGAUGACCCUGGAGUGGUUGAAAGAUUAUCAAGACAAAAGAUGAGACCUGUAACUUCUGAACAAGGAGAAAGACUUGCCAGAGAAUUAGGUGCUGUAAAAUAUGUCGAGUGCUCGGCUUUGACACAAAAGGGUUUGAAAAAUGUUUUUGAUGAAGCAAUUGUUGCUGCUUUGGAGCCACCAGUAACUAAAAAAUCACGUAAAUGUUUGGUGCUGUAA